AACAGUCACAGCAAGUCAGCCAGCCAAUUGUUGGUAAUGGGGGUUGGUGAUGUGGUUUGUUCGCCCACCCACCCUUGUAAUUGUAAGUCGUAGCCCAGCCCAGCCCAGCCACGCCACGCAUAUAAACAGACCAGCAAAGCAAACAACAAUUAUUUGUGGAAUUAAUAUAUCAAUCUUCUUGUUUCUUCGGAGAUCGAGUUUUUUGGUCUGGUCUGGUCUGGUGGAGGAGCAUUUGUUUGAGUCUGGUAGUGGUAGUGAUACGUAGAUCGGAAAAUGAAGGUGAUAGAGAAGAUCAGAGAGUCAGAAGGAGGAGAUAAAGUAGUGUUCUCGUUCGAGUUCUUUCCUCCGAAGACGGAAGAUGGAGUGGACAAUCUGUUCGAGAGGAUGGACAGAAUGGUGAUUCAUAACCCAUCAUUCUGCGACAUCACAUGGGGAGCUGGUGGAUCCACAGCAGAUCUCACUCUCGAGAUAUCCAACAGAAUGCAGAACAUGGUGUGUGUGGAGACCAUGAUGCAUCUCACCUGUACCAACAUGCCCGUUGACAAGAUCGACCACGCCCUCGAUUCCAUCAGAUCCAACGGCAUCCAGAACGUCCUCGCCCUCCGCGGUGACCCUCCUCACGGCCAGGACAAGUUCGUCCAAGUCCAUGGCGGCUUCGCCUGUGCCCUCGAUCUGGUUAAACAUAUUCGGUCCAAAUAUGGUGACUACUUUGGCAUAACGGUUGCUGGUUAUCCAGAGGGACAUCCUGAUGUCAUCCAAAGUGAUGGAUUGGCCACACCGGAGGCAUAUCAGAACGACCUUGAAUACCUUAAGAGAAAGGUUGAUGCUGGAGCUGAUCUUAUUAUCACUCAACUUUUCUACGAUACUGAUAUCUUCCUCAAGUUUGUGAAUGAUUGCCGUCAAAUUGGAAUAAAUUGUCCCAUCGUUCCAGGUAUUAUGCCCAUUAACAACUACAAGGGCUUCAUCCGCAUGACUGGUUUUUGCAGAACUAAGAUACCAGCUGAGGUUACUGCUGCCUUGGAGCCUAUCAAGGACAAUGAAGAAGCUGUUAGAGCUUACGGAAUUCACCUCGGAACUGAAAUGUGCAAGAAGAUAAUGGCUAAUGGAAUUAAGACAUUGCAUAUUUACACUUUAAACAUGGAAAAAUCAGCAUUGGCAAUAUUAAUGAAUCUUGGACUGAUUGAAGAAACCAAAAUUUCAAGGCCCUUACCAUGGAGACGCCCUGCAAAUGUUUUCCGCGUUAAAGAAGAUGUUAGGCCAAUAUUUUGGGCUAAUCGUCCAAAAAGCUACAUAUCAAGGACAAUUGGUUGGGAACAAUAUCCACAUGGGCGAUGGGGUUAUUCUCAUAGUGCAUCAUAUGGUGCACUAACUGACUAUCAGUUCAUGCGACCACGUGCACGUGACAAGAAACUUCAUGAUGAAUGGGCUGUCCCUUUGAAGAAUGUUGAAGAUAUUCAUGAGAAAUUUAUGAAGUACUGCCUUGGGAAACUGAGAAGUAGCCCUUGGUCGGAGUUGGAUGGCCUUCAGCCAGAGACAAAGAUCAUCAAUGAACAGUUGGUGAACAUGAACUCAAAGGGUUUUCUCACGAUAAAUAGUCAACCAGCUGUUAAUGGAGCAAAUUCUGAUUCCCCGUCUGUUGGAUGGGGUGGAGCAGGUGGAUAUGUGUACCAGAAGGCCUACGUAGAGUUUUUCUGCUCCAGGGACAAGUUGAAUGCUCUUGUUGAGAAAUGCAGCGCUUUCCCAUAUGUGACGUACAUGGCUGUGAACAAAGACGGAAUCUGGAUAUCUAAAGUCGGCCAAACUGAUGUGAAUGCGGUGACAUGGGGAGUAUUCCCAGGCAAGGAGAUCAUCCAACCAACUGUGGUGGAUCCUUCCAGCUUUAUGGUGUGGAAGGAUGAGGCAUUUGAGAUCUGGUCAAGAGGAUGGGCUCAGUUAUACCCAGAGGCUGACCCAUCCAGAAAUCUGCUCGAGGAGGUGCAGAGCAGUUACUUCUUGGUCAGCUUGGUGGAUAAUGAUUACAUUAGUGGUGAUUUGUUUGCUGUUUUCAAAGAUUUCUGAGAUGAGAGACAGAUGGAUUUUCUCACUAUAUUAAAUGCUGCCGAAGCAAUUAUUAAUUGUAAUUGAAAUAAGGUAGACUACGGUUAUUGUUAUUGUUUGUGAUAGAUUGGAUUGGAUUAUAUUUUCUACUCCUAAAUUGCUUAUAUGUAAUAACAAUUAAUUCCUUCUGGAAUUUUUGAUACCUUCCUGUCUUCAUAAUGCAAAUUGCGUAUGGAGGAGUGGGGUAGCCAUUUUAAUUCAUCUAUAAGCAGAUUUAUGCCCUGCUUUUUGUGUUUCA